CUUCUUCUUCCCACUCGAUACUUUCGUCUGACCCUUAUUCUUUUCUCUUUUUCAGACUUUCCAGACAGGGUUCGAAUAAACAAAAGCCAGAAACUCACCUUUAGGGUUUCGUUGUCGGAGAGAGGAGGAGUGUGAAAGCUUCGAUUUAGGGUUUUGUAGUCUGCUUAAACAAGGGAAAAUCAGGCGUGAUGGGGAAGAAAAUGUGUAGGGGGUUUGAACUGGGAAUUGAGAAAGGAGUCAACCACACUGUGUGGCGGGCUCCAUUCCUCCUUCGUCGCCGAUGAAACGAGUGGAGAGGAAGAAAAACGCGAGAGAUGAAGGCGGCACGGGUUUGGUUUGGUUAGAGGUUUGGUGACAUGGAGGGUUUAAAUGACGUGGCGGGUCGGGUCAGUCAAUUUUCGGGUUAAAAGGUGCUGAUUAGGCGAAUCCGUCAGCCACGUCAUCACUUAACGGACGCCGUUAACGGCGUUGGACGACAGCUAACGGAGAGUGACCAUGAAUGAAUGGUUUUUGUAAAGUUAAUGACCAAAAAUGGAUUUAAAUAUUCCAAGUGACCAAACAUGAACGUUUUUUAUAAUCUCAGUGACCAACCAUGCAAUUAACACGCAACAAUAAUGUAGAGAGUUGGAACAACACUAUAUUGGAGGAAAGGGAUUUGGGUCCGAUUAGCAUGUGGGAGGGGACUAGGAAGAACUUUAUGCUCCUAUACGCCCGUAGACAAGAAGAAAUCAACAACUGGCCAAGUCCUUUGACGGAAAAAGUUGAGAAGAAGCUGCGUUCGUGGGAAGAAGAAGCUGUAAAGUGGACAGCUGUUUCAAAUGGAAGGGGUCAGUUCGAAGUGAGGUGGCAUGACAAGCAGGUUGUGGUCAAUUUGAAGGCGAAGAUAUGCACAUGUCGACGAUGGGAGAUAACUGGGAUCCCUUGUCAACAUGCUAUCCAGGCAAUUGGUGUGGGAGCAGAUUGUAUCUAUGAUUAUGUUGCAAAUUGUUACACUAAGGAAACCGCAAAAGCCAUAUAUGAGCAGUCUAUUUCGCCAACCAAUGGUAAGGUCUAUUGGCCACAUUCUGAGUUGGAAGAUUGUGGCAUUCCUCCUAUUCAAAACUCGAAGAAGAGAGGAAGACCAAAGAAACAUAGGAGAAAGAGAUUGGAGGAAGCUGUAGAAGCCAAGAAGAAACAAAAGAAGGGGGGAAGAGAAGCAUCAAAACCGGAAGGGAAGAAAUACAAGUGUAAAGUUUGUGGUGCACUAGGCCACAACAAGGCUUUCCAUGAUCCAGCAAGUAAACAGAAGGCGGAAGAAAGGAAGAAAGAGAAGGCAGAAGCAAAAAGGCAGCAACAACUUGAAAGGGCUAAGCGAAACAGACUUGCUGCAUUGAAGAAGCAGAAAGAGAAAGCUGCAAAGGCUGCUGCUUCUUCAUCGUCUAGACAACCCCCACAUGUGGUUCAACUCAUGCCAGAUGGAAGUACUCGAAGGCCAUCAAGUGAAGGCUCUCAACUCUCACAGAUUGCAAGCCAAGUGACUCAGUAGAACAGCUGUGAAGAGUAGAUUUAGGUCAUGUAGUGGGCAGUUAGGUAGUUGUGAAUGGUUAUUUUGAACUUUUAAGCCUCUAAGGCCUUUUGCAAAUCAAUAUGGAUUUGCCAU